CUGCCCUCUCCGCCUCCUGAGAGCUCUGGCUGAUUCCUGCGCUGUGAUUUGCUGUCGUCUGUGGGGCACCGAGUGCCCACCGCCACGAUGUGAUUGGCCUUUUGAGAGACCCUGCAGGUUUGAGGGGGAGCGGGGGCUCCCACAAUGAGAGAGUGAGAGACAGUUGCAACUCAGAUGAGAGCGGCUGCGAAAGGAGGAAGGAACCCCCGAGGGAAAGUGAGACGAAAAAGAGGCAUUAUGAGAUAGAAACAUUACGAGGAGCAAGAGAGGAGUGGAAUCCCAGUGGCCCUCGGUGGACCCUGCAAACAGACAUGAAUAAUCGCUCCAUCGCCUGGUGGCUGAAACAGAUCGGCCUGCCCCAGUACAUCAAGACACUAGAGGGAGAAUAUUAUGGUCUGGAGGGUUUGCUGAGUGUAACGGACGGAGAGCUGAAGGACUCAGGGGUCGAGGAUGCCACACACAGGGAGACCAUCCUCAAUCAACUGGCUGGACACCGGCAGAGACUGGAGCCGCACUCUGGUGUGCAAGUGGAGCGCCGGGUGAGCCGGAAGUACUCCCUGGGCUCUUCUGUCGAUCUGGUGAAGCCGAAGAAGGACCUGUUUCGUCACAGCAUGAUGCCCCGCCUCCAGCGCGCCGAUAAGAAGCACCGCCUCUCCGCCUCCUGCUCCCAGCUCCGCCCACUGAACGAGGACAAGGCUGUCAGCGAGGCAGAGCGCUGUCAGGACAGCAAACACAGCAAGAGGAGGAGUGUCAGCGCAUACCUCAGCCAGCUGAAGUUGUUCGGUGGUCGGAGAGACAUGGACUCAUUAAAGAAGGAGCUGGAGGAGGAGCUGAAGCUCAGCACCGAUGACCCCACGAGCCAUGCGUGGUACCACGGACCGCUGAGCCGAGAGGCUGCAGAGUCUUUGUUUGAGAGGGACGGAGACUUCCUGGUCCGAGACUCGAGCUCUUCCCCCGGCGACUACGUUUUAAGCUGCUUUUGGAAGGACGGGCCCAUGCACUUUAAGAUAAUACGAGUGAUCCUUCGUCCAAAAAAGGGCUACUCUCGGGAGCUGUUCCAGUUUGAGGAGGAUCGCUUCGACAACGUUCCCGCUCUGAUCCGGUUCUACGUGGGCGGGCGUCUUCCCAUCUCCCAGGCCUCUGGCGCCGUGAUCUUUCACCCAAUCACACGGACCCUUCCUCUGCGUGUCAUCGUCGAGCGACAUGGAGAGCCCACCAGCACCACUAGCAGCAGCAGUAGUAUUAGUAGUCGUAGUAAUGGUGGUGCGGGGAAAGAAAGACACACUCAAGCCAACCAAAGGCGCAGCUUCAGCUCUGCACACACCGACGCGCUGCACGUCAUCAACCCACUGCUAAGGAGUGGAAGUCAGCCUGCGAACUUGGAGAACGUCGGCCGUAGACCUUCGCUUCAGUCGGCGCAGUCUGACAGCAACCUACGAACAGGCGUCCCACAGAACACCCCUUCGAAGAACACUGACCCCGCCCCCAUCUCCCCCGUGUUUCGCACGGGCAGCGAACCGCUGCUGAGCCCUCGACCGCGACACACACGCCCCUCCCAUCCAGGUGGUGGUGUAACCUUGCGAGGUUCCGACGGACAGCUGCACCCCAGAGCUCCUCCGAAACCCUUCAGGGUCUCUACUUUGUUUGCCAAUAGCAUCCCUCCCCCGCCCACCGGCCGGGUCGUUGACCCCUCCUCUUUCUACGAUGAGCUGGUCAUCCAGGUGCCGCAGGCCCAGCGGAAAGGUCACGUGGACCGACUGCGCGCAGAGGAGAAGUGGCAGAGCCGCGCCCGCCUCACGGAGACUUCCUUCGGCUUCCUGGAGGCCCAGGAGAACGAGGCGUCAUCGCAGCCGCCGACGCUGCCGCAGAAGAGGACGGCGGAGGAAGCGGAAGACUGGCAUUUUGAAAAGCCACAGGUGGAGUCGGCCUCGUGUUUCCAGUUGGAUCAGUUUGAGUCGGUGCUCUUGCCGGAGAACAACCGGCCCCUAGAGCCCAGCGUCCUGCUGACGCUCAAAGAGUUGUUCAACCGCUCCAACGCCGACGUUACCGCUCUGCACAUGCUCAGUGUCGACUGCCAGGUAGCACGCAUUGUUGGGGUGACGGAGGAGCAGAAGACUAUUAUGGGAGUUGGAUCAGGGCUGGAGCUCGUGACUUUGCCACACGGACGCCAGUUACGGCAGGAUUUGUUAGAAAGGCAUCAUCUAAUAUCACUGGGAAUCGCAGUGGACAUCCUUGGCUGCACAGGGACUGUGAGCCAAAGGGCAACCGUUUUACACAAAUUAAUCCUAUUGGCUCAGGCCCUGAAAGAACACGCCCACAACCUCUACUCCUUCUCGGCUGUGAUGAAGGCUCUGGAGAUGCCUCAGAUAAUGCGACUGGAGAUGACGUGGCGAGCACUGAGGAGGAACCACACGGAGACGGCAGUUUUAUUUGAGAAGAAACUCAAACCCUUCAUGAACUUGCUGAGCGACGGAGACGACUCCGUGGUCCACGGCCCGCUCGCCGUGCCACACCUGGUUCCUCUGCUGAUGGCGAUGGAGGGCGACGACCCGGUGGAGAACAGCGAGCGAGGCUGCCAGCUUCUCUACGACGUCCUCCAGGCCGCUCGCAGUGCCGCGCUGCACGCGCACGACUAUCAGCAGCACGCGCAGUCUCUGCUCACAGGAAGCUGGGAGCCGGUCCCCGAGCUGCUCGAGGCUUUCCGCACAGAGUUUGCCCUGCGGCUGCUCUGGGGUCAGUCGGGGGCGGUGGCCGACAGAGAGGAGCGCUACGAGAAGUUCGACAAGAUCCUUCACGUGCUCUCCGAUAAACUGGAACCCGUGGAGAUGACCCCGCAACAACCCGACCCUCUGACCUGAGCCUGCAGGGUCCGUCUCGCCAAGCGAAAAAAAGGUGAAAGUCGGCACUUUUGACGAGGGGAACGAAAGAUGAUCACACGGAACAUAAAAGUUAUUUUAUGAGACGCGAGAGACUUUCAAGCUCGUCAAGUUUAACUUAUAAAGGAAUGAGUUGUGUGGUGAACGUGUGGGUCUUUUACUGUGAAAAGAGCUGCGUUGGAUUCACUUACAUGUGGGACGCAUCGGUUCACUUCUUGAAAUGUGCAUUUCUGAUACUCGGACACUGUUUUUAUCAAUACACACCACUCUCAUACUUGAGAUUCAAAAGUAUCGACGUGAACGCGACUAAAGAGUUUGUUCCCUUUGUGCACGAUCUGCUGCUGUGAGGAGACCACGCUGGGAAUUGUUUUUUUAUUUCAGUGUUUUCAACGCAAUAAAUAUCUUAAUUUUUGCAUGUAACAUUUCUCACAAAUGAAACUGUAAAGAAACAAAGCCGAGAUGUUGUGUGUUUUUUUCCUUUUCACUUUAUG